GUAACUCCCACACAAUCUCCAGCUGCACAUAAACAAGCAUGUCGCCUCAAGCUGCUCUCUCCCUACUGUACCUCUGCCUGCCCCUGGUGCUAGGCAACCUCAGCCUGAGGCAGGCCCCACAAACUAUAGCCUAUCAGAAGUUUCAUGUGGACUCUCUGAUAGUUGCCAGGUAUGCUGUCACCACUAUCACCAGUGUUAUUAGUAACAGCGACUCUGUGGCACAAACUCUUGUCUUUCAAGUACAGCUGCCAGAGACAGCCUUCAUAUCAAGCUUCAGAAUGAUUGUGAAUGACACGACGUACAGUGGAGUGGCUAGAGAGAAAGAAGAAGCUCUGAAAGAGUUCCAAGACAGAGUAUCAGCAGGGGAGAAUGUGGGGCUGGUGGAGUCAAGGGGGACAAGCUUGUUUCAGAUAAACAUAAACACAGCUGCAAACACUAAUGCCACGUUCACCCUAAACUAUGAAGAGCUUAUCGUCAGGAGAGCCUCUAGAUACAAGCAAGUGAUCAACCUCAAUCCAGGACAAAUAGUGGAAGAUUUCCAAGUCAAUAUACGGGUUAUAGACGACCAAGAACUAAUGAUCACAGAAGGCUCAAACUACUUGACCAAAGAGGUAGUAUCACAACGAGAAGUGUUCUACAGAUACUCACCCUCCAUUGAGGAACAAAACGAUAAUAAUCUCGGACUUGCACGUGACUUAGAGGUGGAGUUUGACGUCAACCAUCCUGCAAGCGGAGCUGGCCUCAUUGUCGUAAAUAACUGCUAUUUUGCUCAGUUUUUCUCCCCCUCAGGCAUCGAACAAAUACCGGUGGAUAUUGUCUUCGUGAUUGACGUAUCUGGGUCCAUGUCAGGUACAAAAAUCGAUCAAACCAGACAAGCCCUCGAGACGAUUAUCGGUGAACUGCGACCAUCUGAUCGUUUCACCAUGGUGACAUUUUCCAGUGAUGUCUACGUGUGGAACAGCAAUUUACUGUUGGCUACUACUGAAAAUAAACAGGAUGGAAUAAGUUUUGCUCGUAGCUUAAGCGCAAACGGUGGUACCAACUUUAAUGGCGGACUUAUACAAGGGAUAAAUAUAUUGCGUAGCAACUUCGUAGAUAUGAACAUACCGCUACUAGUCAUGCUGACGGACGGAGAGCCCACAGCUGGUGUGACAAACGAAGCAGAGAUUGAAAACAACGCAAAAACACUAAUUCAUGGCACAAGAAUUUCCCUAAACUGUCUUGGAUUUGGUUUCAGCCUCAAUUUUAGACUUUUAGAGCGACUGUCCCUUGAUAAUAACGGAAUUGUGAGGCGCAUAUACGAAGCCGAGGAUGCGGCCCAGCAGUUGGAAGGCUUCUUUGACGAAAUUUCAUCUCCAAUUUUACACACAGUACGCAUUAGUUAUCCAGAGAACAGCUAUGACGAAAUAUCCAACACUGAAUUUCCGAUUCUCUUUAAAGGCUCUGAAAUUGUUAUAGCGGGCAAAUUUUCAGCCACUGUUUGCGCAAAUCUAGAGACUGCAGCUGUAACAGUCACGGGUACAGGAACAAUGGGUAUGGUCAGUUUUACGGGUGAGGUCAAUACGGGGGAACGGAGUUUAAUCGGAGGACUAGAACCAUCGACUGAACGGCUAACGGCCUACCUUACUAUUCAACAGCUGCUCAAUCAAAGGCUCGUAACGGAUGAUGCUACUCUCAAGGCGGACAUUGAACAGAGAGCACUAACUAUCGCACUGCAGUACAACUUUGUGACAGAGCUAACCUCCCUGAUUGUAGUGCAGGAAGAUGGGACAAAUUUACCACCACAAGAACAAGGACAAAAUAAUCCUAUAUCGGAAAUUGCAGAUGUUAAUGCCGCAGGUGGUGGUGGGUUUGGUUGCUGUGGGCUAAGUGGUUCAGGACAGAGGUUGAUCUCUACCCCACUUGCCAUGGUGGUCAUGAUCCUGACAGCACUACUACUGAUGAAGGCCUAGGCUAGCCAGGGUGGAGCUAACAGUCUACCUAUCUCUGUUUUUACUCUAUUUUACUCACCACAACAUUACUCCAAAACUCAACCACUGGUUGUUUUGUUUUUUUUUAAUUACCUGUAGCCAUAAUUAUUCUAUAAGCUGUUGUAAGUACAUAUAUGCUAUUUUUUAUAUAUAAUGUUGUACCUGUCA